AACUACUCGCCCCGCAACGAUGUAGAGAAAACCUUUAGCUACCCGCUCGAUUUAGUGCUCAAGGUGCACGACGAGCGCGUGGUGGUGUCGUUUGGUCAGAGAGAUGGCAUCAAAGAUGCUACCAGACCUACUCCAGCAAUUUCUGUUUUUGAUUGAUUGUUUAUAAUUUUGUGGUUUGUGGGUGUCACUAGUUAGGCCAGCAUUUCUUGCCCAUUGUUAAUUGCUCUGGAGAAGGCGGUAAUGAGCUGCUGCCUUGAAACAUUGCAGUUCUCGGGCUGUAGGUCACACAAAGUGCUGUUAAGCGGUUCCAGGAUUUUCGCCUAGCUGAAGAAUUAUUGAGUUCUGAGGAAGGGUCACCAGGCCCAAAACAUUAACUCUGUUUUCUCCUUCACAGCUGCUACCAGACCUGCUGAGCUUUUCCAGCAACUUUGUUUUUGUUGUUGUUGAAGAAUUAUUGAACUUGACCAACAGGAAAAGAAUGGGGAUAUAAUUCCAAGUCAGGAUAGUUUGUGGGUUGGAGGGAAUUUGCAGGAAAUGCCAUGUAUCUCCUCCUCGUGUCAUUUUAAAUUUCAUGGAUUUGGACGAUACUGUCAAAAAGGGCUUUAAGUUGCUGCGGUGCAUCUUCUGAUGGUACACACUACUGCCACUGUACAUUGGUGAUGGGGGAGGAGAGUGAGUGUUUAAGGUGACGGGGCUAAUUGAGUGAACGACAUUGUAUUCAAUAGUUCUGAGACUUUCAAGUAUUCCUGGAGUGCAACUGUAUUCAGUUAUAGCUCCUUACAUGUGAUAGUGGACAGGUUUUGCGAUAGUCGGAUGAGUUAUUUCCCACAGAAUUUUCAGCCUAUGGCCUACUCUUUUAGCUGCUUUUUCUUGUCCAUUCCAGUUGUUGAUUAGGGAUGAAUCCAGACUAUCAGUGUGUCAUCACGAUCAUGUUAGAUCCUGCCCUUACCCAAGAUACACCACAAACAUUUCCAACAUGCAUCUGAACAGUGAUUUAUUCUCCAUCAGAGGUGUUGAGAAACAAAAACAAGUUGCUACAAAAUUUCACUAGGUUGGGCAGCAUUUGUGGAGAGAAAUCAGAGUUAAUGUUUUGGAUCCAAUGACCCUUCUUCAGAACUGAUGGUAGCUCUGUAUGAAUAAAAGCGUCCCUUAGGUCCCUUUUAAAUCUGUCCCCUUUCACCUGAAGCCUGUGCUGUCUAGUUUUGGACUCCCCUGUGCCAGGGAAACUGUUGGUCUUUAUGCAGGAGAUGCGGUGGGUUACCUUGGGUGAAGGAGUAAACAAAUAGGUGGAGAUUCAGCCCAAAGAGAGGAAAACGUAAUAAUCAGCCUAGACGAAUGAAUAACUGCUAAUAUGGACUGUUAGUGGCUAACAAUGGUUGGUGUGUAAUAGUAAACCAUGUGAUAAUAAGAGGUUGGAGUAAGAGCGUGGGAGAAGGUGCCUAAACCCCUAAGAUUGUUGAACUUGGUAUUGAGUCCAGAAGAAUGUAGAGUUCCCGAGCAGAAAAUGAGGUGUUGUUCUUUCAGCCUGCGGUGAACUUCGCUGGUGCACUGCAGCAAGCUCAAGAUAGAAGUUGGCCAGAGAACUGGGUGGUGUGUAAGAGUGGCAGGCAACAGGAAGGCAGAGUCUUUUAUUUUGUUGCAGACAGAAUGUUAGUGUUCUGCAAAGUGGUCACCCAAUCAAUGCUUUGUUUCCCCAAGGGAGAUGAGACCACAUUGUGAGCAGCCAAUACAGUAGACUAGAUUAUGUGAAGUGCAGGUGAAGGCUACUUGACCUGGAAGUUGUAUUUGGUCCCUUGGAUACUGAGGAGGGAGGAAGUAAAUGGGCAGAUGUAACACCUUCUGCAGUUGCAGGGGAAGGUGCCUUGGGGCUGUAAGAGAUAUGUUUCUGGCAGAAAGGGUCCUUGCAGGAGGCUGACAAGGGAGGGAAUGUGUUUCUGAUGGUGGCAUCCAGGUGGAGGUUGCAGAAAUAGUGGCUAAUGAUUCUCUGGGUGUGGAUGCUGGUUGGAUGGUAGGUGAGAACAAGUGGGACCAUAUUGCUGUUGUGGGAGGGAACAGAGGGGAUGAGGGCUGAAGUGCAGGAGAUGGGUUAGACCUGGCUGAGGGCCCUAUCAACUACAGUGCUGAGGAAUCCUCAGUUGAAGAAGAAGGUGGUCAUUUUGUAGGCCCCUUUGUUGAAGUUGGCAUCAGUAGAACAGAUCGACGUAGGAACAGGGAGCAUGGAACAGGAAGCAGGGUUUGAGGAUAUAGUCAAGAUACCUGUGGAGUCACUUUGCUUCCAUUUUUGGGGCUAGUUUGGCCACAAUAUUCACUACAAACCAAUGUCGAGGAAGGGAACAGAGGUGACAGAGAUGGACCAGGUGAAGGCAAGGGCAGGGUAAAAGUUUGAAGCGAAAUUGAUAAAUGUUUCCAAUUCUGGAUGAGAGGGGAAGCAGCAAAAAUGAUGUCAUCGAUAUACCGGAGAAAGAGUUGUGGGUGGGGGCUGGAAUUGGACUGGGGGACGAAAAGGAAUGCUCCACAUACCCCACAAAGAGAGAGGUGUAACUGGGGCUCAUGCAGAUACCCAUGGCUACCCCUUUGACCUAAAGAAAGUGAGAGACGUUACAAGAAGUUGUUUGGAGUGAGGAUGAGCUUGGCCAGGUGGAGGAGAGUGGUGGUGGAUGGGGAUGGUUCAGGCCACUUUUUCAGGGAGACAUGGAGAGCCCUGAGACCGUCCUGAGGGAGGAUGAACAGGUGAAGGCAUUGCAUGUCCAUGGUAAAGAGGAGGCACAGGAGCCCGCAACCUGGAAAUUAUGAAGCUGACAUAAAACGCCAGAGGAAUCGUGGAUUCGGAUAUGCUGUGCUUUCAAUUAAUGGAUUUGAUGUAAAUGGAAGAUACAUGGCUGAUAACAGGGAUGUGCUGGAAUAUCUGAACACCUCUUUCAAUUACCCUUUGGCCAUUCGCUUCGGACGUCCUCGUCUGACAUCAAAUGAGAAAUUAAUGUUGGCCUCCAUGUUUCAUUCGCUGUUUGCAAUUGGGUCCCAGUUAUCACCAGAGCCUGGAAGUUCUGGGAUUGAAGUGCUGGAAACAGACACCUUCAAACUUCAUUGUUUCCAAACGCUGACAGGAAUUAAGUUCAUUGUGCUGGCAGACCCUCGACAAGCUGGAAUCGAUUCCCUCCUACGGAAGAUUUAUGAAAUUUAUUCAGACUUUGCUCUCAAAAAUCCAUUCUACUCUCUUGAGAUGCCAAUCAGGUGCGAUCUCUUUGAACAGAAUUUGAAAGUAGCUUUGGAGAUAGCAGAAAAGGCUGGAACCUUUGGAGCAGGAUCUUGAUCUCAUCGGGAGGGAGGCUGUCUAACAUUCCGAGUGAUUGAUAUGUAUAUAUUUUGUUAAUGUUCAAAGUUUUUGCAAAUAUAGAAACUUAUUGACCAGAGACUGACCUGUAAGGAAAGUGUAAUCUGGAUACGGACCUGGGAUGUGUAUAUAUGCGAAUAAACUUCAUGUUACCAACA